ACUUCCUGUUUUUGUUUCAUAGCGUUCAUUCUUGGCAGUGCUUGAGUAAUUGCUUCAGAAUCCUAAUAAUAUUGCCUUGGAGAUUGAUCUCAGUGACGUCAUAUCAUGGUUUCCAUGGUAAUCAUUUGACAAUCGUUACUGUUGAUUGCAAAUAUUUUUUUACCUUUUUCAGUUAAAGAAAGUUAAAACAACAGCAAUAUUGAUCGUGCUGUAAUGUUCCCAAGUAGUGCUGCUUUUUUUAACUAAAGUUUAGAGGGAUCACCUUUGUUUUGAAAUGUUUUUGAAUGAAUGUAUUUAUGAAGAUGUUAGUUUUUUGCGCGCUUUUUCCUGCAUUGUACUGAAACUCAAUUCCCACUGAUUUUAUUAAUCCUGACUCCAUGCAGUCAGCUCUCAGAACAAAGCAAUGAAGCACUUUUUAUCGCCUUUGACCCGCUAAUUAUUACUUAUUCGUCCAAAAACCGCGGGAGACCUUCUCCAGUUUGAGAUUGGACAUGAGAUGUCUGAAAGGCUUGUACGUUAAGUGAAGCAUUCACAUUUAUCCACUUAUUUUGUCAGCAGUAAAUUGAACUAUUGUGAUAAAUAGCCAGCUUUAUGACUCGAGCUCUAGACGAAAUGUCUUAGUGAAUGUUUUAAGAGCGUCAUGAUGUUUAUCAGGUUGAAUGAUGUAAUGGAGACUCAAUGCAGACAAGAACUGUUGUCACUUUGGUUUUCAACAUCACGUAUGAGACCAUAUCUCUUGUAGAUUUGUAAAUGCGUAAAACCUGUAUUUUUGACCUCUUGAGAUUUGCGUAACUCAGCUAUUGGAAAUGGUAUUAGGUUUGCCAUAAGCUGAGUUGUGGAAAGCAAGUUGACGUCUAGAGUCCGAGUCAAAUGAUGAUGACUAAACAAAAUGAUCACUGUUUUUAUUUUCACCAUAUUUAUUUUGAACAUUAUUCAAUGUUAUUGAUAUUCUUUGAAAAAAAGGUUUGAUGGGAAAAAUGCCCGCCACCCCGAAAUGUGACAGCAUGUUCAAAUCCGACGAUAAUGAUGAUGAUCAGUGAUGAUCGUAAUGAUGAUGAUGAUGAUAAUAGUGAUGGUCUACAAAUUGGAUAUGCUCAAAUGGAUUUCAGGUGAAGGAUAACGUGAAUCAGCAGUUUACGUGUGUCUAAUUCCAAGCUUGAAUUGUUUGGUUUAGCCAAUACUCACGUACAAAGAUGGCAGCAUCAUAGCAGAUGUUUGAUUCAGAUUUUCAAGUUUCAAUGAAUACUUGUCCUGGAAUUUGCGCGUUUUUUAUUGGUUUUUCUUUUAAAAGUUUAAUGGAAAACGAAAUGUCGGCAACAAAAGAUGCAUACCGAUGGAUAACGGAGACAGAAAUAGUCGUAAGGAAGGACUUGUACCAUGUUAAGAUAAAACGGAACAGGUUGGGAAUGGCACCGGGAGGGGAGCAGUUCUAGAUGUUCACAACGCAAUUAUUGCUAAAAUUUAAGGUGUAUUUAGAGGUGUGGGUUUAAGCUCUAUUAAGAACGAUAAAACGAUCUUGGAAUAAUAAUCCUUAAUUGAUGUGUAUUGUACGAUUGGAUGAAUUUAUUAAACAUUACCACCUACGCGCACUUGUCAAUAUUGAUCACGACUAGAUAUUGAUGCGCUCCACUACACCCCUACCCCUUCCACCUCAGGGUAUAGAGCCACUACUAUAAAAGGGAAUUCAGCAUCCACAAAUCAAUAGCUCCGUCCCCUCCCCUCGCAGUACAGUGUAUAUGGUUUUGCUAUAGACCACUAAACGAAAACUUGUUAAAAGUGAUGAAAAGGUUCCACCAGACAAUCACGCGUCGGCUUAACAAUCUAACUAUUUCCUUGAACUAAAUUUUCCUGAUUUUUUCUGUUGACCUUGUGACUUUUAAGCAGUGUUGGUGUGUAUCAAGUGCUUGGUUUACAGAAUCUGAGUUCUGCUUCAUUCGAUGUCGAUCCUUAUUGACCUUGUGACGUCAUAGAAGCCAUUAAUUGUGCUUUGACGCAGUGGAGAGUCAGUAUUAGUCKCAUUAUUGAAUCUCUUGUAUGCAUACAAUAACGUGUCUGUUAGGUUAUUAUUCAACAAACCUCUGCAGUGCAUGAUUUGAAAGUUKAGCAACAUCAAGGUAAGGUGAAAUAUAAUUAAUUUAAGUUUAAUAGCGUGUCUUAACGAGUCAAAUCGCGAAUUUAUUAAGUGUUUUUUUCAUGGAUUGUCGACCUGACCACCACGACAUCAAUAUUCAUAUCAUCUUGUGUUGAAUAUGUCCAAUAUCUAUUACUUGAAAACAAGAUGAAAUGCUGAUCAUCUCUUUUGAUAAAACUGUUAAAAUCAGUGAUAUGGAUUCAACCAAAUGCUUGCAUGACAUCAACCUUUUUCUUGCGACGUGUUGCAUAUUAACGGUAAAAUCAACCAUAAUAACACUAAUUAAAAAACYCAUGAUUCUUGGCAAAAGACAAAUGAUGUUUUAAUAUACGCGUUGCUUGUUUUCUUUAGAUUUUAAGACAUUUCCUUUAGUUUUCAAAAAAUGUCAGGCCAGCAUAUCAAAACAGUGAACUUCAAGCCUAUCACAACACACUUUGAACUUAUCAUAGCUGCAUAAAUCAAAUCUCCUUCCCAAGGAAAACGGACGUCGAGGAGUGUCGCUGUUUCUUGAAAACUAUUUAAGARACGUUUUUAUAUUUCGCGUGUUAAUGUCUUAUGCCUGAACRGUAUUCGGGUGUUCUUCACCUUUGAGAUGUGGAAUUUGAUUGACAUUUCAAAGUUGUACCGUGACAGACGGUAUGGCAUUAUAUCCAGCAAUGUCCAGAACCAAAAUAUAUCUAUUUUAUUCUCUUUUUCCCUUAGAUCAAAGAUGCAAGUCUUUGAUGUUCUUGCGAUUUUUGUCACGGUGUCACAAAUAAACGGUGAGCAGACACGAAUGUGUGACACGCGUUAUUGUCAGUGUGCAAAGGAUGUCGGUACUUUCGUAACCGCCAAAUGCAAACUUGACAAAAUAGAAGAUUUGAAAACAUACAUCCAGACGCCUAGCCGUGUUUCCUCGCUUGAUCUCUCGUCCUGUCGCAUCACUUACCUACAAAGGCUACUCUUUACUGGAUUUGACAACCUCAUCAACUUGUCCCUAGCCAAUAAUGAGAUCGAGGUCAUUGGAAACCAAAGCCUUGAGGGGCUCACAAGUUUGCGAUUCCUAAAUCUUAGAAGCAACAAAGUUUCAGAAUGGCUUGGAAACACUUCGACGCAAACUCCAAACUUAAAAGUCAUUGACGUCACAGGAAAUGAUUGGUUGCCUAGUAACAACAUUCUUCAAAGUACAGUCCAAACCAUCAAAGGAGCUUCCUUGAACRAAARGUGUACYCASUGUACCCUUGUGCGUAACUUUAGUUAUCCMGACCUGCAAAAAUUUAGAGAUGGUGAAUUUUUCCGACGAAAAGAGGGAGAAUGCCGAGGAAUGAAAYACGUUGUCUCAAAUCAUCUGCAGCUAUUCGCAAAACAUGGUUUUUAUUCGGCCUGUUUUGAGUCCAAUAAUGUUUGUUAUCAAACGCUGGUGACGUCAAUACCAAUACAUCGCUGCUGGGAUAUGGAUAAUCAUAUCUUAAAUAUUGAAUUUAUUCUUGGUCCAAUCGCAUURGUUCUUAACCUUAUUGUAAUCGUUAAUACUUUAGUUACUCCUAAACUACGAACGAACGUUGCCAUGAUCCUUGUCUGUAACAUCGCGUUGAGUGAUUCUUGUCUGUCGCUGUAUUCAAUCCUUAUCACAAGCAUAAGAAAGAUACCUUAUGUCAAGUUCUACGUCGUUAUGCAUUCCUUCUGUCCAUGUCUAGGUUUUAUGUGGCUAAUGGCGCAGUGUGUGACAAUCAUGACGUUAGUAUUUCUAACCGUUGAGCGUUAUCUCGCUAUUGUGUACUGUAUGUCUCCAGCAGUGCGCAUGCGUCAAAAGCACGCCAUCCGAUGUGCAGCCAGUUCUUGGAUUAUUGCAAUAGUARUCGCUAUACUGCCAUUGUGUGGAAUUGGUGUCUAUACAACCAAUACGUACUGUAUACCAUUAUAUCGCAAGAAAGACAUUCCUCACAUGUACGAGUUUGGUGUCGGUCUCACGAUCGGUAGCAUGGCACUAUACUUAACCACAAUACCAUUGUAUAUUCGUAUUUAUCGAUUUGUUAAACACAAUGGCUUAGAGGGAUUUAAUCGAGCGGAUAGUGCAGUAGCAAGAAAAAUCGCAGUCAUGGUCGGCUGCAACAUGUUUUUCUUCUGCUUCCCAGUCUUCAUCGGUUUGCUUUGGGUGUCGUUUCAUUUCACGAAGGGACUGGACCCGGUUGUCAAGGAGAUCAUCACYGGUGUCAUACCAACCAUUGCAUUCACGUUAAACUGUCUGAUAAACCCUCUCUUGUAUGCUUACAGAAACAAAAGCUUUGUUCACGCAUUACGAGACAGACUUGAACUACUCCGGACCAAGGCAAGGGCGUUGUCACUGAGUAAUAGCCCCUCGACCCCUCAGCGUACGUGUACAGAAGACAUUAAUAUGAUAAACAAUGUACGAUAAAUGCAGAUAUGGAUAUCUUUGACCUACAUGAAAGGGUAUCAAUAUGAUGAUGUACAGUAAGAAAAGUAAGCACACCAGAUAUAAUAUCUAAAAUUAUGUCAAUUGAAAAAGAAAGAGGAUUUAUCAAUAUAUAUAAUGUGGACAAAUAAGAAGGAGUGACACUUUUUUCAUAUUCAAAUCUAUAUAAACUUAUUAAAAGUGAGUAAGAGGGUCAUACUGUAUAAAGAAGAAUAGAAGAUAUCUGCUAUUGAAAUAAAAUCAAACAAGGUUCUGAA